CCUCCACUGUCAGAGGUGAGACACUACCAGGGGAUACAGGAGGCAUGGAGAUAAGCCCUGCCCACCCGGGACAGCACAUGGCUUAAAAACCCGCUGAGUGCCCCCACCCUCCUGUCCAGUCUGCUGCCAGAUUGGACUCACGCAGGAAUGUCUAGCCGGGCCAAGGUCCAUGACAGCGUCUCAGAAAUCAUAUCGGAUGAUAGAGACCGAGGUCUGGGCUUUUGUGGAUGGGUUCUGGUGAUCCUGUCCGUGCUGCUGAUGAUAAUCACAUUCCCUUUCUCACUCUUCAGAUGUUUAAAGAUCGUUCAGGAGUAUGAACGCGCCGUCAUAUUCCGGCUGGGCCGAAUCAUCGACAGGAAGGCCAAAGGACCAGGCAUGUUCUUUGUACUUCCCUGCACAGACACUUUUGUGAAGGUGGAUCUGAGGAUGGUGUCUUUCGACAUCCCUGCACAAGAGAUCUUGACCAGAGACUCAGUGACGGUAUGUGUGGAUGGAGUGGUCUACUUCCGGGUCAAAUGCCCCAUCUCCUCUGUGGCUAACGUCUCCAAUGUACACCACUCCACACGCCUGCUGGCCCAGACCACGCUGAGGAACGUCCUGGGCACCAAGAACCUGACCGAACUGCUGACGGACCGAGAGACCAUCUCAAACAGCAUGCAGCUAUCUCUGGAUGAGGUCACCGAACGAUGGGGCAUUAAGGUGGAGCGGGUGGAGAUCAAGGAUAUCAGGCUGCCCCAGCAGCUCCAGAGAGCUAUGGCAGCGGAGGCAGAGGCCAGCCGGGAUGCCCGAGCUAAGGUGAUUGCUGCUGAGGGUGAGAUGAACGCCUCACGGGUGCUGAAGGAGGCAUCGCUCGUGAUCUCGGAGUCACCUGCUGCCCUGCAACUGCGCUACCUGCAGACACUCAGCCAGAUCGCAACCGAGAACAACUCCACCAUCAUCUUCCCGCUGCCACUGGACAUGAUCCAGCACCUGGUACAGGGGAAGUGA